GCCAUCGUCGCUGAGCUCUCGGCAGAGCUAUAGCUCGCUGUCGAGCGACCAAUGCUAGACAACUUGUGAGGGGACAGGCCGUUCUGAGCAGCGCCAUCGUCGUCGCUCGUCUGCCUCUGCCGAUUUGCGCGCGUCGUCGUCGUCGUCGUCGUCGAAGCCAUAAGCAGCCAGACUGGCUCAGCUGCGAGUCGACGACACCCGGAUCGGUCAACAUGUCGGAGCCUCACUACCUCGGCGUGACGAGGCCAGUCACGACAGACCCGCCCAAGCCUCACUCGUUGCGCAUGACAGAGUCAUUGAUGGCAGAGAUGCGAGCACGCAAUCUCUUUGAGACUGACGCAGGCGAGCGAAGAAGAGAAAGCGUCUUGGGCAGGCUGGAUGGCAUGGUCAAAGAGUUUGUGAGAAGAGCAUGCCAGCUCAGAGGGCGGAGUCAGUCAGAGAUCGACGAGGCAGGCGGCAAGAUCUUCACCUUUGGCUCCUACAGGCUCGGCGUACACGGUCCAGGCGCGGAUAUCGACACCCUCUGUGUCGUGCCCGUCUACGUCGAGCGGGCAGACUUCUUCACCAUCUUCCUCGACAUGCUCCGCGAGAGAGACGACGUUCGAGAUAUCACCGACAUCCCGGAAGCUUACGUUCCCCUCAUCAAGGUCAAAUUCACCAAUGUCGAGAUCGAUCUCACCUUUGCUCGCAUCAACCGACCCACCGUGCCCGACGAUCUCGAGCUCGGCGACGAUAACCUGCUCAAGCAGCUCGACGAACGCGAUGUCCGCUCUCUGAACGGCUCGCGCGUCACAGAUCAGAUCCUCCGCCUCGUCCCCAACAUUCCCGUCUUUCGCGACUCGCUGCGCGCGAUCAAGUACUGGGCCAAACGUCGAGCUGUAUACGCCAACGUCGUCGGCUUCCCGGGUGGGGUCUCGUGGGCGAUGCUUGUCGCAAGAAUAUGUCAGCUCUACCCGAACGAAUGCCCCGGCGGUAUCCUGAGCCGAUUCUUCCACAUCUUUCUGCUUUGGCAAUGGCCAGAGCCAGUAUUGCUCACGCCGUUAAAGCAAGGUCCCCUCAACGUGCGCGUCUGGAAUCCACACGUGAAUUCUGCAGAUCGCAUGCACAAGAUGCCUGUCAUCACGCCCGCAUAUCCCUCGAUGUGCUCGACCCACAACAUCUCGCACAGCAGCAUGGCCGUCAUCAAAGCAGAAUGGGAGCGAGGCGAGAAUAUUGUCAAUCGUAUUGCGGUGGGUCAGACUACAUGGGCAGAGCUCUUUGAGCCUACAGACUUUUUCUACAAGUAUCGCUAUUACCUUCAGAUCACAGCAUCAUCACAAGAUAUGGACAAUCAGCUCAAGUGGUCCGGCACGGUCGAAUCGAAGCUACGAACGCUCGGCGCGAACCUCGAGGGCGCAGAAGGCGUUACUUUGGCUCACAUCUAUGUAGAUGAGUUUGAAAAGACCUACUCUUGCAAGACAGAGGAAGAAGUCAAGCUCGUUGCGUCCGGCGCGUCUACACCAGAGAUAAGUGCUCGCACAGAAGACGACAUCAAGGAUGUCGAAGGCGCGGUCAAGCUACAUACUUCCAAUUUCUACAUCGGCCUGUCCAUCGAUCUAGGGCCCAAAGGGUCAGGAAGCAAGAAACUGGAUCUAUCCUACCCGACUUGCGAAUUCACCAAGCUCGUCAAGCGUUGGGAGAAAUACACGCCAGAGAUGGGCAUCACCGUGCGCUACAUGAAGAACAUCGCCUUGCCGGACUUUGUGUUUGGUGAUCGACCUCGACCUGCUCCUGCGAAAGCGGCCGGUAAAGGCGCAAAGCGUGACAAGAACGGAAUGCUAGCAGCAAGUCCAGAUUCGGCCGCACCCGCUCCUGCGAAUCAAGUCAUCGACAAACCCUCGAAGAAGCUCAGGCCCACAGAAGCAUUCGUGCCAGAGACCGCGCUGCCUCCUGGCUCCGCUACCCCGCUCACCGAGAUCUCGACGAACGGUGAUCAUCCUGCCCCACCUGGCUCAGUAAAAGCUCUCACGCCUCCUGCAGCUUCCUCCGGUCAGAUGUUGUUUGCUGACGCCGUGAAGAGCAGUCGAUGACUGCGCUUUCAGGGUGUAAUCUGACUCGUCCUGCACAGUCUAUUUCACCGCAAGUGUAUGCUUGUAACACCAAAAUGCAGACUGACGUUGAUGGUGACAAC